AUGGAGGCCUCUUUCCAACCGUGCUUUGAGGCCACUUUCCAGCAAUGCAUGGUGGCCACUUUCCAGCCGUACCAGAAGGUUGAAGAGGAGUUGCUCCCCAACUACGUCGCAUCCGAAUACUAUCCUGUUCGAAUUGGCGAAAUCCUCCGGGACCGCUACCAAAUCAUAGGGAAGGUGGGUUUCGGAACCACCUCGACUGUAUGGCUGGCACGGGAUCUAAGCGGAUGUCAGCACGUUGCUCUCAAGAUAUACAUCCAUUCCGAAUCCAAGAGGGGCCGGCUAGACAACGAGCUCAAGAUUUACAAGCGCAUCGAGAAGGUCUCCGAGGCUCAUCCGCGCUGCGAUUCCAUCCGUCCGCUGCUCGACUCAUUUGACGUCGAUGGCCCCAACGGGCGGCAUCAGUGUCUUGUGCACCCGCCUCUCUGGUACAGUGUGCGUCAACUCAGGUAUCGCAACGACGUGCGGCGAUUACCGGUGCCGAUCGUGGCCGGUACACUUAUGUGCAUCUUCCAAGCCUUGGAUUUUCUGCACAACGCGUAUCACGUCGUGCAUACUGAUAUCAAAGAGGACAACGUGAUUCUCGGAGCAGAUGAAGCCGUGUUCGAAGAAUUCGAACAAACGCAGCUCGAGCAGCCUACUCCGAGGAAGGAGCUCGACGGGGCAAUCGUCUAUCGGUCCCGCAAGUUCGGCUUUACCGAGAAUCCCUGCGGACCUGUGCUGUGUGACUUGGGCUCGGCUGUGCCGCUAGACGACGGCGUCGAGCACCGGGAAGACAUACAGCCCGAUGUCUAUCGAGCGCCCGAAGUCAUCCUGGACAUCCCGUGGACGUAUAGCGCUGACAUCUGGAACGUGGGAUGCAUGGUCUGGAACAUGUUCGAGGGCGAAACUCUCUUCGACGGCACCGACCCAGAACACAAGGAGUACCGAAGCCGGACCCAUCUCGCUGAGAUGAUAGCCCUCCUUGGGCCUCCGCCACCGAGCCUUCUUGCCCGAGCGAACUAUAGGAGCAAGUUCUUUUCCGAUACCGGUGAAUGGUGUGCGGGGAUCCCAAUUCCGGAAUCGAGACCACUUGAGCUCAGGGAGACGACUUUCCUAGAAGAUGAUGAAGAUAUCAGGGAGGUUACUAUGGUAGGAGACAAAGAAGAUAGGGAGUGUUUUCUGCGCUUCAUGCGGAAGAUGCUGCAGUGGGAGCCAGAAAAGCGCAGCACCGCCAGCGAGUUGUUGGAUGAUGAGUGGAUACUCAAGCACACCUCGUCGUGA